AGUACCCGUAUGAAAACGCGGACGCGCAUCACAGCAGUAACAAUGCUGCAGAAAAACUGUUUAGGAACUUCAUAUAGUGCGCACAAUGUGUUAUUAACGGUUUAUAUCGCUACAUUUCUGAUCGGUUAUGCAAAACCGGGACUCUGUCAUGAAUAUAAAGUUGAAGUAAGUCCAGAAAGAUGCAUAAUUUGGGGACCGGGUUUGGAUCCGCGGGUUGUGGUUCCUGUCCGCUAUUUUUACAUUCAGGCGGUGAAUCAAGACGGAGAAAACAUCACCGUGUCCCCGGAUACCGAUUCGUUCCAGGUGAGAGUGAGCGCUGUCUCGGUACAGGAGCGAGUCCGUGUUCAUGUUCCUGCUCCUCUGGACCGGAACGACGGCUCCUUCCUUGUGAGAUUCCGGCUUUACUCCAGUGCGGUUAGCGGCCUGAAGGUGGAGGUGUUUCACAAGCACAAACCUGUGGCUCAGUCUCCAUACACACUGACAGGAGCAGUGUAUCAUGAGGACUGCGAUUGUCCCGAUGAGGACGCGGAGGCGUGGUUGAGUGUGAUGAAGUGUCCGAGUGCAGAUCCUCAGAUCGAGCAAGAUUUCAGCGCUUUUCCCUCCAUUGAGCUGCAGCAAGUGAGACAGGAAGUUCCCUUGCGCUUCUCUAACAGGGGUGUCAUUCACUACACCAUCAUCAGCAACCAGCUGCACCGCCGUGCGCUCGGGAAAUACACCGACUUCAAGAUGUUCUCCGACGAGAUGCUGCUUUCACUCACGCGCAAAGUCCGUGUGCCCGACGUCGAGUUCUUCAUUAACGUCGGUGACUGGCCCUUAGAGACGCGCAAAGUUUCCGACGUUCCCAGACCACUUCCCAUUAUCUCAUGGUGCGGCUCGAAGGACAUGCGUGACAUCAUCCUGCCCACCUAUGACAUCACACACUCCACCUUGGAGACGAUGAGGGGCGUGUCCAAUGACCUGCUGUCUGUACAGGGAAAUACAGGUCCUGUGUGGGGGAAUAAAACGGAGCGAGCGUUUUUCCGAGGCAGGGACAGUCGUGAGGAACGAUUAAACCUUGUCACCAUGUCCAAGAAAAAUCCCGAGCUGCUGGACGCCGGGAUCACGGCUUUCUUCUUCUUUCGCGAACGAGAGAAAGAUCUCGGCAAAGCACCGCUGGUCGGAUUCUUCGACUUCUUUAAGUAUAAAUACCAGGUGAACGUGGACGGGACCGUAGCUGCGUACAGGUUUCCGUACCUGAUGUUGGGGAACAGUGUGGUAAUGAAGCAGGACUCUUCGUAUUACGAACACUUUUACACACACCUGAGGCCCGGGCGUCAUUACUUACGGCUAAAGAGAGAUCUGUCUGAUUUGAUCGAGAAAAUCCAGUGGGCAAAGGAGAAUGAUGGUGAAGUGGAGGCUGUAGCGAGGGCGGGGCAGGCGUUGGUCAGAGAACUGCUCCAACCUCACAGACUCUACUGUUACUACUACAUGGUGCUAAAGUCGUAUGCAGAUCGACAGGUGGAUAAACCUGCUGUUCAUCCCGAUAUGGAGAGAGUGAGACAGCCGUCUGACCACAGCGCAGCAUGCGACUGUCGCAGGAGGACACGGGAACGGCCGAGCGAUGAGCUCUGACAGAUCUGACUGAGGAGGAGCGUAAUCAUCGGCGUUAGAGCUCUCCUCUGAGAGCGAGAGUUCCUGCAGAGAACCUUUCCACCUGCCACACUCACCUUCUUCCUCUCAGGCCUUCAGAUACCGUUACAUCUGGUCCACUGUGGCUGAGUCCCAAACCGCAUGCUAUGUUUACUGCGUAGGCUGCAGAAACACCUUCACCUGGGCCUGGGGCAGAGGAACCUCGGCUGUGUCUCAUUCAGCAGUGAAGCACUCGGGCAGUGCUGCCUGGAAUAUAGGGACCUUUUCCUUUUACUGUUCCGUAUGUAUGUGAUUACAGUGGGUAAAUCAUGUCAUAAUUUUAUAUGACUGACAGACACACAAACUUGUGCGCGCACACACACACUCACAGUAAUUAUAUUUUGUAAGUGAAGAUGCUUUUAGUGUGUAUCAUAUUUUCUCAAAGAGAAACCAAGCCUGGCUUUUAAGCUGAUUGUUUACUGUCCUGUACUGUAACAACUGCAACAUCAGCAAAGUAAGUGUGUGUGUGUGUGGGGUGGAAAUGCUUUUACAUUUAUUGUUUACAUUUCACAACAGAGCUGCUGAGAUGGAGUUAUUAGUCACUUUGGAUCUGCCGUCUGAAUAAAAUGACUUUCAUCUCAUAUUUUUUAUUUUUAUUUAAAUACUUCUCAGUUUCAUCCACAACAGAAGAAUGUUGCUGCUUUUUUAAAUAAUUUUUUAUCCCCCCACAAUUAUUUGUGUUGUGGACAUAGUGGAGUGCUUUGGAAGUGUGAUUUGGUACAGAGAGAAGAAAAAUAAGAGAAAAAAACAUGGAAAGAUUGGUUGUGGAGACUCAGGCAGUGAGAGUUGUCUGUUCUGCAAAGAGAAUUGGAGGUACAAUGCGAAUAAAUAUUCCUGUUUGUUUACUGAGUUUAGAGUUCGACCGAUAGUGGAUGUUACUGAUACCGAUAACCAAUCAAUCGAUCUUUUUAAAAUUGAUUCUGAAUGAAACCGUGACACUCAAAGUAAAAAUAUCGCUGAACUUUAUUACAAAAAUAAACAGUACUGAAAUGAAAUAAAUAUUAACUAUUAAUACAUAUUAAAGUGAAUAAAAGAUAAAUAUCCAAACUGAACCAAAAAGUAACGCAACAAAUAAAAAUAGAGACGUCCAAAAUGAACCAAAACACACUUCAAAUAGUACAACAAAAUUGGUCAGUGAUAGUUUUUAUUUUGCCUCUAGAGGCCGCUCUCAUACCAUAUAAUCUUGUAGAGGCCCUCCGUGAGUUUGCGAUGGCAGAAAUUAGCUCAAAAUCAAGGAAACUUCACAAUAAUCAGAGGAGCUUGCAAUUUUUCUAAAUUAGUUUUCUACAAAAAAGCACAAAAAAUAUUUUUUGCUGCAGCAAUCACAGAAACACCACGUAAUUCUGAGUGGACCGUCUAAUGACAACGGCCUCUUCUCAGACGCUCUCGCACCGGACGCAACCGGGAAAAACUACCGGUGUGGAUUUGUGCAGAUAACCGAUAGUUACAGAUCUGUUAUCAUACUGAUUAAUCCUCAAAACCGAUAAACCGGUCAAUCUCUAGUUGAGUUAUUGUGUGUUACGCUGCGACAGGGAACUCGGAACUAAACUUGUGUAGUGUGCGUUUGGCUUUCUGCGUAGCAUGCAGAGUUAAUGACAGGAAGUGUGUUAGUACAGUUACAGGUUACAUAAAGAAGAGGAAAAACAGUUCUGCCAUUGUGAUAUGAUCCGGGAUGUUGAUUUGACUUUCUCCUUUCCCUUUUCUCCUUUAUCUUCUCCUCUUCCUUUAUUAUGCCUCUCUCUAGUUCCCUUUAUUAUAGAGUCUGCCGAACUCACUGCAAAACAUUUCCUCACAUUCAGUCUGACAUUCAGUGUGUGUUAGGAAACAGAGCUGAAGUGUGUUUUAUACACACUGUCAUGUGAACACGCCCCUCAUCAGGACUUCACUCCGGCUGAUUCAGCUGAACACCUCGUCAUCUUGUCUGACAUCCGUCUGUGGGAUUCGUAAAGGAGAGAGAGCCGAGACUGCAGUGAUACAGUCUGAUUACAUCUGAUCAAAGCUGAUUGGACUGUAGAGAGGAGAAGGUCUGGUGAUGAGGGAGCUGAAAGAGGUUUUUGAUAAACUGGCUGAAAAGACGACGACGAGCUCCUCGUGCCACAGAAACGUGACAAUGCUAUUUGAAAUGGAGAAGUGGAAUUUUUAUCCCUCAGAGAGAGAGAAGGUGUAGGUACAGUGAAGAUCUGAGCCCUAUUAUACCUUCACAUUAUCACAAUGUCAUUUAUAAGACAGUCUGUGCAGGUUUAUGACUAUUUUCUGUGCAUUUUUACACAACGUACACAGCA